AUGUAUGGUGCUGCAACUGUUUUUGAUUGGACCUUUUCGGCCGCUAGUUGCGGUUGCGGAGCAGGAUGCAAUGACCUCCGCGCCCGCGUUCCGCAAUCCGCAGCGGAUCCGCAAAUUGCGGCUCCGCAGCAAGUCACAGCCGCUCUAGAAUCACGGGAACCUCUUAUCAGUGUCCGAGGUAGUUUCGGGCAUUGGAAAGUUAUUUUCAACGAGUUGACUGAACCUAUCGUUAAAUAA